UCCAAGAUUCCCGAGGGGUCUUCGGCCUGUAGAGGGCGCCGCGGUGCGCGUUGGGGACCCGCGGGCGGAGCCUGCGGCCCCGCUGCUCGCCGAGCUGGCGGGGUAGGAUGUUUGCGUCCCUCGUCUGCGCCUCGAGAGUCCCCAGGCCGGUUGGGCCACUGCGGCCUUCCGGAGGCCGGCGCCGUGGCAAGAGCGCGUCUGGAUGCAGAGUUUUGGUCCCGUGCGACCGUCGGUCCCCCAUCCUGGCCUGCGGGACAGACCAGGAAUGUGAACCGGAGCACGAGCGGGACUACCCGGGGCUUGGCGUCCUGUAUACACCCACCUGAGCUUGGGAUUUCAGUUUCAUGGAAGGAACGUAGGGCAGGGGCUCAGGAAACUAGGGUUCUAAAACUAAGUCUGUAAUAUCUACACACUGUGUGGGCCCUUGGACAAAUGUCUUCAUCAUUCAAGCUGGAGUCUUCAGUGCAGGAGAUACACAGACAACUACUAUAAUAAAUGUGGCAAAUGAAAACAAGACCUGGAGAAGUCCUUAUUGAUUGUUUAGAUUCAAUUGAAGACACCAAAGGAAAUAAUGGAGACAGAGGUAGACUCUUGGUAACAAAUUUAAGAAUUCUCUGGCACUCUUUGGCAUUACCAAGAGUCAAUGUUUCUGUCGGUUAUAAUUGCGUACUGAAUAUUACAACAAGGACUGCUAACUCUAAAUUACGAGGCCAAACUGAAGCUCUUUAUAUACUAACAAAAUGUAACAGCACUCGUUUUGAAUUUAUAUUUACAAACUUGGUUCCUGGGAGCCCUAGACUUUUUACUUCUGUGAUGGCAGUACACAGAGCAUAUGAAACUUCUAAAAUGUAUCGUGAUUUUAAAUUGAGAAGUGCACUAAUUCAGAACAAACAAUUAAGACUGUUACCACAAGAACAUGUAUAUGAUAAAAUCAAUGGAGUAUGGAAUUUAUCCAGUGAUCAGGGCAAUUUAGGAACAUUUUUUAUUACCAAUGUGAGAAUUGUGUGGCAUGCAAAUAUGAAUGAUAGUUUUAAUGUCAGUAUACCAUAUCUGCAAAUUCGUUCAAUAAAGAUUAGAGAUUCAAAAUUUGGUUUAGCUCUUGUCAUAGAAAGCUCUCAGCAGAGUGGUGGAUAUGUUCUUGGCUUUAAAAUAGAUCCUGUGGAAAAACUACAAGAAUCAGUUAAGGAAAUCAAUUCACUUCACAAAAUCUAUUCUGCCAGUCCCAUAUUUGGAGUUGAUUAUGAGAUGGAAGAAAAGCCACAGCCACUUGAAGCUCUGACAGUCGAACAGAUUCAAGAUGAUGUAGAAAUAGACUCCGAUGACCACACGGAUGCUUUUGUGGCUUAUUUUGCUGAUGGCAAUAAGCAACAAGAUCGUGAACCUGUAUUUUCAGAAGAACUGGGGCUUGCAAUAGAGAAAUUGAAGGAUGGAUUCACCCUGCAGGGACUUUGGGAAGUGAUGAGUUGAUCUUGAGUUGAGAUGGAUUUCUAUUUAAAGAUAUCUCAAGUUUAAAGAUACUAGUCACCUGCCAUAAGUCAUGGAAUAGUUUUUAUAUUUACAACUUUUAUAUUUAAAGUUUUUAAGAGUUUUUUAAUGAUUAAGGAAAAACUCAUUUAGAAAACUUACAGUUUUCUAAAAAUUAUAUUUAAAAUUGUAAUCAAAAUAUAACUUGUUUAUAAAUGUUUAUUUUGUACUUAAUGCCUGUAAAGUCUUAGUUUUCAGAUAUUAAGUGACUGUAUCAUGUUGGGUUUAAUAAAGAAUUUAUGCAGCACCA